AUGGGCAAACCGAGGAACGCAGGUAAAUGGUGCAAGUACCAUGAGGACAGCGGUCACAACACCAAUAACUGCAACGCUCUUAAAAUGGCAAUCGAGACUUUGUAUCGUGAUGGCAAGCUGGAACAAUUCAAGGUGCGACAACCACCGCCAGUGGUCGCCAAUAUCGAGCCCAUACGCCGCAUCAACACCAUCGACGGCAGUGCUCCUAUCACCAACAUGUCUCAUAGGGCAAGAAAGCGUUAUGCAUGCACCAACCAUCCUAAAGAAGUUUGCAACAUCCACUAUGAGAGGUCCACUUUACUACCAAAAUCUAGGUGGGAACCCAUAACCUUCUCCGAAGAAGAAGAGCGCAGAGUACAUCUCCCCCACGACAGUCCAUUCCUCAUCGAGCCCAUGCUCGAUAAAUGGUCGGUGGGAAGGGUCCUCGUUGACAACGGAUCUGUUGUAAAUGUCAUCUUCAAUGGCUGUUACAACCAACUCCAAUGGAACAGAAAGCUACUCCAUGAUCACAAGCCACUACUCAGCUUCUCUGGCGACGUCACACAACCACUGGAUUCAGACUACAUGCGCCUGGCCAUCGGCGUUAGCCCAUGCACGGCAGAGAUACAUACAGAAUUUAUAGUCGCCGAUUGCUUCAGUUCCUACAAUGCCAUCAUCGGCCGACCAACACUCAACAAGCUGAACUGCAUCAUUGGCGGAUAUAUGCUUCUCAUGAAGUUCCCUACACCCAACGGCACGGGCUAUGUGAAAGAAAGCCAACAACUAGCACGGGAAUGCUACUCAACAACUGUGGCACAGUCAACACGUCGCCAUGAGAGAUCCUAA